AUGCAUGGUUACUAUGGACAAGUGCCUACAUGGUCAUCGGGAUUUCUGCCAAAUGCUGGUUACUCAUUUCCACAUAAUAUAGAAACUCCAACUCCUCUCAUCAAUACAAGCUCCACUACAUGCAUACUAGUUGGGUCAGAUUCUAAUAGACUCGGUGGUGGGGAGACUAAAGCCCCAUGUACAUCCUGUACAGUUGAAAAAAUUAAUGAGGAUAAACCAAAUCCACAGGAAAACAAGGAUUGCAGUGUCGGGACAUCUCAGAAUGUUGAUAUUGAUGGUGAUGAUAUGAUUGAGGAGCCAAAGUUGGGGAUGGAGUUUAAUUCUCUUGAAGAAUUACUGAGUUAUUAUAAGAAUUAUGGUAAGAAGUGCGAGUUUGGGGUGAUGACAAAAAGGACUGAGAGGGAAGAAGAUGAGACUGUUAGGUAUGUCACCCUUGCUUGUGCUCGUGGUGGGAAGGCCCGUAAUAGAACUUUCGAUUUCACCAACCCACGUCCGACUGGAAAGACAGAAUGUAAGGCAAAGAUUAAUGCCUUAAAAUGUGAUGGAAAACUUCGGUUGACUACGGUUCAUAAUAUCCAUAAACACGGCCUUAGUCCAAAGAAAUCUCGCUUCUUUCGAUGUAAUAGAAAAGUGAGUGACGCUGUAAAAAGAGUUCUAGAUACAAAUGAUAUGGUUGGUGUCCGAAUGAACAAGAGAUUUGGAUCUCUUGUUGUUGGCGCAGGCGGGUUUGAGAACCUUCCAUUUUUGGAGAAAGAUUGUCGUAAUUACAUCGACAAAACAAGACAUCUACGACUUGGCGCAGGUGGUGCUAGUGCACUUCAAGACUAUUUUUGUAGGAUGCAGUACAAAAAUCCCUGGUUCUUUACAUUGAUGGAUUUAGAUGAUGACAGGAGGUUAAAGAAUGUCUUCUGGGCAGACCCCCGUAGUAGAGCAGCCUACCAAUAUUUCGGUGAUGUGGUCACAUUCAACACCACAUACCUGACGAAUAGAUAUGGAAUGCCAUUUGCACCAUUUAUUGGUGUAAAUCACCAUGGGCAGUCAAUUCUCUUGGGCACAGGCUUGAUUUUUAGUGAGGAUACAGAGACCUUUGUGUGGUUAUUCCAGACUUGGUUGCAGUGUAUGGAUGGUAUAACUCCUAAAGCUAUUAUCACUGACCAAGAUAGAACGAUGAAAAAUGCAUUUGGUAUUGUUUUCCCAAACACCCGAUAG